AGCUCCAACUUUUGCGUCUACCUGCAAAUUUAUACAAUUGGAGUUAGGCUAUAUGUCCUCAAACAUUCAUCUCGCUCUCACUCUCACUCUCAAUACUCUAAAAAUUCGUGUUUUAAAGCAUCAAAGCUAAAGAUUUCCAAAACCCAAAUUCAUAAACCUUACAAAUUCAGUUUAUAGUUACGCACAAAUAUGAAGCAGUAAGAGAAAUAAUCUUUCUGGGUUUCAUCAAAUGGAGGCCAUAUCUGUAAACCCUACCAAUAGUCUCUCCCGCGUACCUCUCACACACCCACCAGAAGAAGGAAAACAUCCAAUCCACUUUCCAACAUACCUUGAAACCCCAGGUGUGUCUCCCAGAGCAAAAAUCUUCUGCGAAAUCCUCAUAAAAACCCAUCUUCAAGACGUUGAAACCACGCUUUCCUCCACCGGAAUCGCAAGCUAUCCCCAAGUCGUCGAAGAAGUUCUUAAAUCAUCAUACGGUUCUCCAAAGGCUGCAAUGAAGUUUUUCGGGUGGGCUGGGUCGACUCAUAAGCACUCACUAGAUUCUUGGAAACUGAUGUUGGAUCUACUUGGGAAGAAUCAGUUCUUUGAGUCAAUGUGGGACGUCAUUCGAUCAAUGAAGAAAGAGGGCCUUCUCUCAAUUGACACAUUUGUGGCAGCUUUUGGGAUCUAUUGCUCCGCUGGAAGGUUCAAGGAAGCUCUCAAGGCAUUUGAUUCAAUGAACGAUUAUGGGGUUCAACCCAAUGUUGUAGCAGUAAAUUAUUUGUUGCGCGGUCUGUGUAGACAAUAUUAUAGCACUAAGAAUACCUUAAAGUUUUUCGGGAAAAUAAAGAAGAAGAAGAUUGACCCAGACGCUGAUAGUUUUACUAUAUUGUUGGAACGGUGGGAUAAGGAAGGGAAUGUAGCGAAUGCCAUGAAGACAUUGGGAGAAAUGGUUGUUCGGUUGGGUUGGAGUCCAAAAAAUGUAUCUACUUAUGAAGUAUUCUUGAACACGCUUGUUCGUGGGAAUCAUGCUAGUGAGGCAAUCAAUUUUUUGAAAGUUAUGAAGGGGAAGAACUGCUUGCCAGCUUCUAAAUUCUUGUCGAAUGCUCUUGAUAUUCUUGUUAAGCAGAAUGAUUCGGCUCAUGUUAUACCGUUGUGGGAUAUUAUGUUGAGUAUUGGGUUUGUCCCCAAUUUGAUAAUGUACAAUGCCAUUAUCGAUUUGCUUUGCAACAACAAUGAUGUUGAUAAUGCUUUUCGUUUUCUCGACGAGAUGGUGUUUUAUGGGGCUUUUCCCGAUGCUUUAAUCUAUAACAAGAUUUUCCAAUGUUUGAUUAAGAACAAGAAGGUUUGUGAAGCGGGUAAGUUUUUUGUCGAGAUGAUCAAGAAUGAAUGCCCUCCAACACACUCGAAUUGCGCUGCAGCAAUCACAUUGUUGUUCGCCGGUGACGACCCUGAGACGGCUAUUGAGAUUUGGGAGUAUAUGGUUGACAACUUUGUUUCUCCCCUUGAUGAUAGUGCGAAUGCAUUGCUUAUCGGGCUUUAUAAAAUGGGGAGGCUGACGGACUUAAGGGGGUUUUCUGAGAAUAUGUUAGUCAGAAGAAUUAAUAUCUAUGAGUCAACAAUGGGGUUAUUAAAGAUUGUUUUCUAUAAGGAGGGUAGAAGUGCCCAAGAUAUAUAUGAUCAUCUUUCAAGGAAGUGGAAAAAUGUUCCUAGGUGA